GCACAACAUAAGAGAAGGAGAGGGCAAGUCUUUCCAGAGCAUUUGGUGAAGUUCGGGAUUGCCUUCCUGCGCUUUUUCACCUGUCCGAGUGCAAUUGCAUAAUUAACGCAACAGUUUUUGCACGGUUUCGUUCCGCCUUCGCUGCAAUUCCCAAAAUGUUGGCCGUCAGAAGAGCAUUGCGUCUUUGUCGAAGAGUGGCAAAUGUCAGCGUUCCGCGUCGUGGGUGCGCUGGAGCCGUUCCCGUGGACGACGUCGUGAACGGUCUGACCGAGGAGCAGAUCCAGCUCAGACAUACAGUCCAGAGAUUCUGCCAGGAGAAACUCGCUCCCUACGCUGAUGAGAUUGACAAAAAAAACGAGUUUCCCAACAUGAGGGACUUUUGGAAGGAGAUGGGAGAGCUUGGACUGCUUGGGGUUACUGCUCCAGUGGAGUACGGUGGAACCGGAUUGGGCUACCUCGAUCAUGUGAUUGUUGUGGAGGAGAUGUCCCGCGUGUCAGCCGCUAUUGCUCUCAGCUAUGGAGCGCACUCCAACUUGUGUGUAAAUCAGUUGGUUCGACAUGCAAACCAGAAACAGAAAGAGAAGUACAUACCAAAGCUGAUGACAGGGGAACAUGUGGGUGCCUUGGCCAUGAGUGAGCCCAACUCUGGCUCUGACGUGGUGUCCAUGAAACUGACAGCAAAAAAACAAGGGGAUCAUUACGUGUUGAACGGUAACAAGUUCUGGAUUACAAACGGACCAGACGCAGAUGUUCUGAUCGUGUACGCUAAAACAGACCCAGAGGCAGCAGCCCGUGGCAUCACUGCUUUCAUUGUAGAGAAGGGCAUGCCGGGAUUUAGCACAGCGCAGAAGCUGGAUAAACUGGGAAUGAGAGGAUCUAACACCUGUGAACUCAUCUUUGAAGACUGCAGGGUCCCUGAGGAAAACGUUUUGGGCCCGUUAAAUAAAGGAGUAUACGUUUUGAUGAGUGGCCUGGACCUAGAGAGACUCGUCUUGUCUGCUGGACCUGUUGGAAUCAUGCAAGCCGUGCUGGACCAUGCAAUUCCUUACCUGCACGUUCGUGAAGCCUUUGGACAGAAAAUCGGACACUUCCAGCUAAUGCAAGGAAAAAUGGCCGAUAUGUACACACGACUUAGUUCAUGUCGACAGUAUUUAUACAAUGUUGCCCGUGCUUGUGACAAAGGCCAUUUCAGUGCUAAGGACUGUGCUGGGGUAAUCCUUUAUUGUGCUGAGAAUGCGACUCAAGUUGCCUUGGAUGGAAUUCAAUGCCUGGGUGGAAACGGUUACAUUAAUGACUACCCAAUGGGGCGCUUCUUAAGAGACGCUAAACUUUACGAGAUUGGAGCUGGAACCAGUGAGGUCAGGAGGAUGGUCAUUGGCAGAGCCUUCAAUGCCUUGUUCAAAUAAGAGCAGCAUUAAACGAAUGAUUAUCUGAUCCUACGCAGACUGUCGAUGUUGCCAGAUAUUUCACUUUAUCUGGCAUCCUAAUUAUAACACCUUUUGUUAAUGUGAAGUGUAAUUGCUAAUCGGUUUCGAGAUCAUGUCACGGUGUUUUCUUUGGAUGUCAAAUGCUGUUAUGUGAUGAUCUGUAAUAAACGCAUACAUACAUGGUGAACUAGUCUCACAUAGAAGAACUAAUGCAAUAAUAAGAAAUGCACAGACCUCAAGUCAUUUUAAGACGGCAGACUAUAUAUAUUUAUUUCACGUAGCUGAACAGUUAAGUGCAAAUAAACAUAAGGAAAAAAAUACUUGUGUUGAUGGAAACUGCCAGAAGAAUCAACAUGUCCCAGGAGCAUUUGUCACGUGACAUGGGUGUUUCUGUUGCACAUGAUACUUGUACAGCACUUGUCUGUUUGUUUUGUUUGUUUUUCCUCAGAACGUGGUCACUCCGUUUAAGCUAUUCUGCAUAUCAGCUCUGCCCCACUGACAUUAUUUGGGGCUCUCUUUCAUACAUGAACACAAAGGGGUUAUUUAUAGAGGAUAGUUUUUUUUUUUGUUUUUGUUUUUUUUUUUAGAAUUGUGUCAUUCAGAUAUUCUCUUGUUUCUUUGUAUUUCAAGAUUUGUUUAAUCUUGAGGAUCAAAAGUAGCACAAUUUUUUGAAAUAAGCUGUUGUAUUGACCACCGAACCUUUUGGUUUUUCAGAAUCCUGCCUUACUGAAUAAUCGCUUCAUGUCUUUGAAGUAAAUGAUUGUUUAGAAUAAACAUUCUUUCUUUCAUCUGA